AUGCCAGCAUGGUGUGUGGCCCCCGAGGUUCUCCGCCAUUUAAAAAAUCGCGCCCAUCAAAUCCCACACGCCGAUGCUGUCCAGAUUAGCGAGAAGUUGGACCAGGCGUUGGUUGGAAUACCCGUACAACCUGAUGGUUUAUUAUGUCGGCGGGAUUCCCCGGGCUGUCAGUACAUAGGAAGAACAAUUGAGAAUAUGCGAAAGCACUGGCGCACCACCCAUGGAUGGUCCCAGUAUCCGCAUGGUGGUCGAGUAAGCCGUGACGAGCGCGUGCGUGCAGAUGCUGAGCUGCAGCGAUCCUUUAUAUCUGUGACAUGCCAGCAGAUAUUCCCAUCGCGCAAAGGAUCGCAUUAUAUUCACAUCCGCAAUCCAAAUGAGAACGACGAACCGGCGAUCCCCACAGAUGAUAUCCAGGUUGCUGUCCAGGAGCUAGAGAACGCGUGGAAGGAGGCGCAGUCCACGCCGAGUACAAUUCAGGCAUCUGAUAUUACCGACGCCAACCCAUGGCUGCGCAUGACCCGGUGGUCCGAGUAUUUAGAAGGAAUCGCACCAAAGGAUCUAACCGACAGCGUGGCGCCGCCCGAGGAAGAGCCCACAGAUCCCGUGGAGCAGGGCGUGCGCCACAUUUGGGCCGCCAUGGAGCAGGUCGUGCGCAAGAGCCAGCGCGUGGUCCAGCACAGCGGCCAGGCAAUCUGCAUUGAAGCCAUCCGAUCUGAAAAGGGUCAAACACCAUAUCGACCGUUGCAGGCGUAUAUGGAUACCGAGAGCGUGGUUAAGCAUAUGCAGCCAUGGCAGCAAAUCCUAGCGUUUAUCGCGCGCACCCAGGCGCCACACGAAUGGACGAGUCCCCCGUACGGCAUGACAGCACGGCAGCGCAAGAAAUGGCGGCAGUUAUGGCACCUCGCCACUACCCACCGGGAUAUUCCCGGCGAGCCGCAGGACGACGACGCAGCGUGGCGCAUGACCCCGAUCGAAGGCGCGUGUUUGGAGUUUUGCAUCGAGUUGCUAAACCAAAAGCAGCGUAGCCAUGAGUACGAGAGCGUGCUUGUGGCGCGCUUUAUAAUCGUCCAGAAAGCGCUUUGGUUGGAUCCGAAUCCCGAGGAGAUUAUCGCGGUGUGGCAGAAGAAGAGUAACUGCGCGCAGUGGGUGCUCGCCAGCGCCGACGACGAGCUGGAGGAUAUUUAUUCGGACGAGGGAUAUUACAGUCAACCAGAGCAAGGCAUCCCAUCAUCGCCCCCACAUCGCCCAUUACCAGCAGUAAUCCCCAACCGAUACGCGGGAAGACAUUCCCAGUAUUCCAUGGCACGCGAUCUACGACGACCCCACGCAGGCCACGGUGGGAUGGAAUUUUUGCGGGAUCAGCGCACGCAAUGGCCGGUGGGGCCCAAGUGGAUGAUCGGCCGGUUGCGGGCCGAGCCGGCCGUGCAGAAGGAGUUUACCGUCCGGCGCCAAGCCCGACGGCUGCACAUGCCGAAGGUGGCGCAGUAUCUGGAGCGCGUGGCGCGAUUUAAGGAGAAAUUAGCAGUGCUUGUUCACGUGGUAUCCGGCCAGCCGGCUCGCGCACCCGAGUUAUUAAGCAUUCAACAUGUGAAUACCGUGGCGAAUCGACAGCGCAAUAUCUAUAUCGAGGACGGGAUGGUGGCGUUGGUGACGGCGUACCACAAGGGGUUUUACGCGAGUAACGAUAUAAAGAUCAUUCAUCGAUUUGUGCCACGGGAGCAACUAAGCGCAUGGCAUGCGAAGCAGACGCAGGGCACCACGGCGCAGGGCAUGCACGCAACGCAGGGAACGCACGCAGUGCAGGGCACCACCACAGCGCAGGGCACGAACGCAACGCAGGGCACGCAGGGAAUACGCGCAGUACAGGGCACCACCACAGCGCAAAGCACCACCACAGCGCAAAGCACCACCACAGCGCAGGGGGCCACGGUGCAGGGCGCUCACGCAACGCAGGGCACGUACACAUCGCAGGGCACGUACGCAGCGCAGGGCACCACGGCACAGGGCAUGGACGCAACGCAGGGCACGCACGCAACGCAGGGCACGUACACAUCGCAGGGCACGCACGCAGCGCAGGGCACGCACGCAGCGCAGGGCACCACAGCGCAGGGCACGCACGCAGCGCAGGGCACCACAGCGCAGGGCACGCACGCAGCGCAGAUCCGCGAAGAUGCGUUUUUAUGGGGCCCCGACCCCGGAACCCGGCGCAAAUGGACGUCCGAGCGGUUCCGGGAGGUGUUAAAGCGCGAAACCAAGACCCGGUUAAAAGAAGCCAUUAAUAUCCAGUGGUAUCGGGAUAUCGCCAUUGGGAUUAGCCGACGAUUUUUGCGACCCACUGCCGCGUUUGCCAGCAACAUGCAGGAGGAGAGAGACUUGGCGCAGGCUGUGUUAAACGCCGACACCGAGGAGGGCGGCGCAUUCAUCCCAAUUGGCGGGUGGAGUGUACGGCCGUGGUAUUAUGGAGCAGCCUGGGACCACGGCACAUCGCCGUGCAAUGUUUCGACUCUCCAGCACCGAUUGGCACCGGUUUUGGGGUUUGCAUCCGCCGCGGAGCCCAGCCCGUUGGGGAAGCGCAAGAGAUCACCAUGGGAGGACGAAGCCGAGGAGGGCCGAGUGGUCCGACGUCACCGGUUAAAUAUCGCAGAUAUGCGCACCACGUUGCAGCACAUGACCGGGCAAGAGGAUAUCCAGUUCCGGGGCGUCCAAGCACCGGCGUUGCGCGCCAUUCAGGACGGCAAGAGCCCGGUGCCCAGUGGUACUACCAUUGUGGUCGUGCCAUUAAUAUCAUUGCGGAACGAUAUGGUGCGGCGCUGUCGCGAGUUGGGUAUAUCCUGCAUUGAAUGGGAUAGUCGACGGCCACCGGACGAAGCGACAAUUGUACUGGUCACACCGGAAUCCGCGGUGCAGGAGGAUUUUCAAACGUUUAUUAACCGGUUGCAGCAAACACGCCGGUUAGACCGGAUCGUGAUCGACGAAUGCCAUGUGAUAUUAAACGACCAAACGGAUUUCCGACCCGAGUUGCGACAGCUGGGGCGGUUGAACCACGCGCGAACCCAGAUGGUGUUAUUAACUGCCACGUUGCCGCCGCGGUUGGAGGCGAAGUUAUUCCGGCGCAUGGAGUAUUCCCGCGAGCAAGUCCAUAUAUUUCGGGACCGGACAAGCCGUCCCAACGUGGCGUAUCGCGUGUGGCGGCCCGAGCUGGGUCGGCGUUCCAUGCAGUGGUUUACCAGCGAGCCGGUGCUCGCGUUUAUCCGCGAGCGAAUCCAGCGCGCCAAGGAUGGCAAGGUGGUGGUAUACGGCCAUGUGGUCCGUCAGGUAGUGGAGAUUGCACGCGAGUUAGCGUGCGAGGCGUACUACAGCAAGCAGGUUGACAAGCCAUCUAUAUUACAGCGAUUUACCCGGGCGAGGCGCGAGUAA